CUCGUGGCCGACUCGUCGCGCGCGUACCGAUCGCGUACACGUCUCCGCGUAAAAAUAAAGUCCACAGCGCGCGUCUGCGCACUUCAACCCAUUUAUAAUUAUUAGUAAAUCGCGGCGCGAGCGCACGACUGCCGUGACCGGACGCGCUUGCGAAAAAGAAAUUCAAUUCAAACACACGAACCCUUACGCGACAUAGACAGUGACGAACGACGCAAAUCCCUUUCAUGAGAAUCAAUUUGUAAGCGAAACAACGACUCCUACGCAAAAUACCGGUAUUUCGUAAUUUGUGAGAUCACAACUGAUUAAAAACAAUUUCAAGGUUUUUAUUUAUUAUCAAAGUAAAAUAGUGAUAAAAGUGAAUAAUAUUUAUUUUAAUUAUGCCUGAAAGGCCGAAGAGACGCAAAAAUAAUAAAAAUAAACGGAAGAAUAAUAAAAGUAAUCGAAGUGAUGUCAAUAAAAAUAGUACAGAAGAAAAUAAAGAAACUGUUUUAGAAUCUAGCUCAGAUAUUACGACGGAAGAUAUAAAUGAAAAUAAAACCGAAAUAUUUAAACAAGAUUGCGAUAAACUAAAAACCUUACCAUGUGAGAACUUACCUUUGGAUAUCAAGUCUAAAAUAAGUACUUUAGAUGAAAUACAAAAAUGUGAUAAAACACAAAGAAAGCAAAAUAAUGAUGACGACUCUCUUAUAUUACCGACGUAUAUCGUUGAAACCCCUGAUAAAUCUAUUAAAAUAAAGCCAAAAUUAGAUAAUGGAAUGAAAAGUAAGAGUUGUGAUAAUGAUGAUAGCCCUACGAUAGUUGAAAUUACAGAAGACGCAAAUAUUCAAAGUGAUAAUAAAAUACACACUCUUGUUAUAGAUAAUAGUAAUGCAAUAGUUACACAUGAUGAAUCAAGUAUCGAAUGGGAAAAUGUUGAUGAUUUUAAAUUACCCCAAACUGAAUUAAUCGAAGGUGUGCUAUCAAGUAUGACAAUACCACUUAAUAUUGCCCAAUGUGAGCACACUAAAACACUCAGCCCAGAAGAAGAAUCAUCUUUACGAAAUUACUUACAAACACUGAAUUUAUCCACGAAUUCUACAAGUUUAAACGUAGGAGAUAUUAAAACAGAAAUAGAACAACUUAUUAAUCGCGAGGUAAAAUACAGACUACGAAGAAAAGGAUUUGCUGAAGAUUUUAUAUAUCCUCGUGCAGGAACAUCUAGGUCUUUAGCUGUAAUUGAUGAAGAGGGAAGUAGUGGUUCUUCUAAAACAUCACAGCGUCAGUCAUAUAUAAGUGAUAAAAAAAGUGAUAAUGAGGAACUAGAAGAUGAAGUGUUUGAAUAUAAAAAAGGAGAAGAUCUUAGAAAUGAAAAUGUGGAUUUUAUAAGCAAAACAUCUUCUAGACAUUUAAUACCACAAAAAUGUAUACGAGUAGAUGCAAAACUUAAGGAGCCUGAAAUAUCUGAGGCACGAGGCGAUUGGACCGUAAAGACUGUUGAAAAAUUGACUGGAGCGGAAUUAGUUUAUUUAACUGACUCUUCUAGUAGUACUAGUUCUAUAUAUGAUGCGAAUGAUGAUUCUAGUAGAGGUGAAGAAACUGAUACAUCUGUGCGCAUAAUAACUCCAACUAUUGAGGUUUCCGAUGCAGAAACAAUGCUUUCAAAUUCAUUUUUAGUAAAAAAAUAUAAUAACAAUGCUAACGAACCACCGGAAAAAGAAAUAAACAAAGAUGAUAAAAUUAAUAUGCAGUUAAUUAAUAACAAAAAUUCUGAUGAUAUAAAAAAAGAUUUUUCAUACAAUGAACCACAUUCAAAUGAAAAUUCUCAUGAAAUAGUUAUUUUAAGUACAGAUAAUCUCAAAACAAAUUUAUUUGUCAAAGCUUUAGAUGACGAAAAAAUUCAUAUAUCACCAGAAAAAUGUGAUCUGGAACGAAUACACGAGGAAAAAGCAAAAAUAAAUAAAAAAUCUCCCAAUGAUAUAGAUGAAUACGAUCUUGAAAUAAAAGUUCUUAAGUGUGAACUUAAUGAUGCUAUAAAUAACUUAAUAAAAGAAGUUGUUUCUGAUUCUGAAAAUAGUAAUGAAUGCUCAAAAGACACAUUUAAACGUCAAGAUUCUUCUAGCAGUAUAGAUUCCUCCCAAUGUACCGCUAAAUAUAAUCCCACACAUUCUUCUUUAAAUGAUGUAUCCAAUUUAAUAAAUGACGAGGAAUGUGAUAAUAUAAACAAAGAAAAUAUAGAAAAUAAUACUAAUGUUAGUCAUGUAAAAGAUGUGCUACAUUGUAUCACCAAAAAACUACCAUUAUUAGAUAACAAUGUUAAUAACAAAAACGUCAGUCCCACGACAUUGAGAGAUAUAUGUCUUAAAAAAAUUACUUCUUUACCAUUUGGGGAUAAGAUAUUAGAAGAAUUAGCUUAUGUAUCUCAACGUUUGCAAAAUACCGUUCUUGCUUCACAAUCUAAGGAGAAUAUCCCAAACACGACUUCUUCCCGUAAGGAAAAUAAUCAAUUGCCUCCUCCAAUAAAACCAAGAAAAUCAUCGCUGAAAAUAUCUACAGAAGAACAAAAUAAACCUCCUUUGCCAGCACGAAAUGAAUUAGUAUAUGAAUGUUUAUCACCAUCUCAAAAAAUGUUGAUGGAAAAGACUAAUACAGUUAUCGAAAAAGAUGAGAUAGCUCCAAAAGUUGAAGUGUACUUCAGCAGAGCUGAUGACAAAGACAAAGAUAUUCAUAACGAGUUAAUUAGUAGAAAUACUAUAGAAAAGAUGCCUAUGAAAUCACAAACUGGAAGUAGAUUGUUAGCUUUACUUCGUGAUACAUCUAAUUCGCCAAAAUUAAAUUCAUCGCCCGUACCAAAUAUUAAUUUAAAAACUCCAAAAGUCAAAGAGAACACCGAAUCAUAUUCAAAAAGGCUGUUAGAAGAAAUUGAUACGACAGAAAUUCCGACGACAAAUAAACAUUAUCCUCCAAUUUUAUCUGAUAUUAGUACAAAAUGUGGAGCAUCACGUAGGUCUAAUAAUAUGUCUUCCUAUUGUUAUGAGAGUGAUUCUGGAAUUAGAGAAAAUUCAUUUCAUACUUUGCAUAACAACAAAAAAUAUUUUCAUUAUUCCACUGGAAAUUUGAGCAAAGAAAUUGAAAGUGAUAUAACAUCAAUUCAAAAUAUGCAUAGGUAUUGUACGGAUUUAAGAGACCAAAAAAACGAAAACAUCAGGCCUCGUAGACCAUCUUUGCCUAAAGACUUAUGCGAUCAACAAAUGGAAUAUAUUUGCCAAAAAGAAAAAGAAGUAGAUGCAGAGAUACGUCGCUUAGAACAGGAAAAAUAUAAAAAAAUAAAUAAAGGUCCUAGAGCCCCCAUGUUUUUAGAUAAAGAAAGCUGUUAUGAUCAAAAAUUUGAAACAAAAAAUAAUACUUAUUCAAAAAAAUAUGUGUCUAUGCAUCAAACUCCUACUUGUCCAGAGAGAAGAAAAAUAUCCUCAUUAUUUAGCAGUAGUGAAGAAGAAUUACUUAGAGAAAAAAUGUAUUCUGAAUAUGUUAACCAAAUGGCUGAAAGAGAGCAAAGAAAACAGCAAAAAGUUAUCAAGAUCACUCAAACACCUAUUCACAGCUACGCAACAUCAAAAAGUAUGCCAGCAUUGGAAACUUUUAAUUCGAUGAACAAUCGUAUAGAAGAGGAAUUUAUAUCGAAAGCCAAAGAAAGAUGGUGUAAAUUAGGUAUUGAAGAUCCUAAAACUGAUGAGGAGCGAGAUAAAGGAUUUAAUGUGUACAGGGAACCAAAAAUAAUAGAACAUAAAAUUAAAGUGAUUGAAUCGGGUGAAGAAAAGGACGUUCGAAAAUUGCCUAACCAUAUGCAGGAAUUUGUGAGGUUUACUGUAAAUGAUAAGGACGACGAAAAGGGUUGUACCGAGACCGUGAUGAUUGCGCCGACGUUCAAAGCGCGUUCGUCCUCGCCAGCUAUUUGGCGGCCUGGGGCGCCAGCGGGGGGCGUAACGCCAAACGCGGAAAGCCCUAACGCACCACCGCCUCCGCCGCCGCCCGUAUGGUCCCCGAGCAGUAACACCACAUCACCACAGACACCGAGAAAAACCUUCCGUCCGGUUCAUUUUGAGGACACGCCACCACCGAGACGAAAGUUUGGUAGCUCUGACCAGAACGGUUGUACAAGCGGGUCAGAAAGCGAAGGUCGUCUCAGAACCUCGUUAAGUGCACCAGCUACUGGACUUAAUACCUUGGGGUCUUCCAGCACUAGUCGCCUGCCAAGAGCUCAAAAUCCAACCGUGACUCUGUUGCAGAAAGCACGUGAAGGUCAAAUCUCUCGUGGACUCAGCAAUUACCAACAGGAGAAAGAUCCCCGGCUUCCGCGUGAUCGACCAUCUCCUCCCAAAGGUGACCCAGUGCAUGCAUUACGGAAAGAAUACGCCAGCGAAGCAGAAGGCGACCGCGGCGAUUACGAGCGCAGUCAGAAAAUGACUGACGUUAAGAAGAAAAUCGAAGGAAUCGGACCAACUACCAAAGACGGAAUGCCCGUAGCACUUAGAUCUGAAGUGAAAGACCCAUCGAGGUGGUACAAAAAAAUGUAUGACACCAUACACAAGAACAAAUACGACGAGGAUUGUGUGACAAUACGAUACAAAAACCGCCGAGGUGAAUUACAAAGGCCCAACAGCAACAGGUCGCAGUACGCGUACUUCGAUCCCCGUUCUGGGUACCUCAGUGAACCGGAGGGCGGUCUCAGCAGGCUAGCAUCAAGCACGUGGAGUGAUGCAUAUGAUAGUGACGUUACUUCCGGCCCUAGACGCCGUACAGCAUCAGUGCAGGAGGACAGAAGAUUUGACGAUGUGUCAUCCUAUGUAGCGAAUAACAAAUAUAGCACAUUAGCGUCCGGAAGAGCACGACAGGAAGUGUACAAAAGCCAACCAGGGAGAAUAGAGAACUACGUGCCAGGGAAGUCUUCCGUAAUCGACAAAGAGGCCAAACAGUGGUGGGACGAGGUCAUGGACAUUUUUGACGGGCAAAAUGAAUCAAGCACAUUGUCCCAAUCCCAGGCAUCGCCCAAGGAAAAAAAAGAUCUUACAUCUGCUAUUCUAUCAAAAUCUAAUAUGGCAAGAGCUUUGAAAGAAUCCGGAUACGAAUCCGACUCGACGUUAAUAUUUCGACGCAGAGAAGACACUGAGGCACCAUUGUCACCGGCUGAAAGACGCGCAGCCUACAAAGAUUUACAGGCUGGCGGGGAACCCCCACUUAGAGGCUUUCGAUCGCCAGCUCCACCUAGGCAAGAAACCGAUUCCGCUCCUGAGCCGCCACGUCGGGCAUCGCAUGGCAGUUAUUCGGACUCAGAAUCUCCAAGCCGCCGAUACGUGGAGAGCGACGUGAACAUCCACUACCGGUGCCCCGUGCGACACGACCCGUUACCACUCGUACCGGAGCGGGAGCUCGCACGGCAGCAGGCAGAGCAUAUGAAACGACUUUACAGGGAACAGAAGAGAAAUAAAUAUUUACAGGAAAAUGAUAUACGUGCUGCAGAUAUAGAAGCAUUUGAUGCCUCAAUCAAGGAGCUCCAGGAUAUGCAAAACAGACGUCAUCAAGACAAUUUCAUGCCAUCACAAAAGACUGUCGUCCCGCUCAACCGAUACGACGAAGCAGAAAAAAUUAUAGCAAGAGCUUUAUAUACUUUUAAUGGUCAAACUGCACGUGAAUUAAGUUUUAGAAAAGGAGAUGUUAUAAAUGUUAGGAAACAAAUAGAUUCUAAUUGGUACGAGGGUGAAGUGCACGGGAAAAUUGGGCUGUUUCCAUAUAACUAUGUCGAGUUAUUAAAAGGCGAUGGAGUGCAAACCCUUAAAAAAUCCGCUGUCGUGGAAGGCAGAGCUAGAGCGAAGUUCGACUUUAUCGCACAGACAAAUCUGGAACUUCCAUUGAAAAAGGGUGAAGUGGUCGUAUUGACGAGACGUAUAGAUCAUAACUGGUGGGAAGGCAGAAAUGGGAGCAAAACUGGAAUUUUCCCUGACAGCUAUGUUACAAUAUUGCAAGAGCCCACUCAAGGUAAACCUGAACCUUAUCCGACCCUCAACACUGGCAAGCCGGUCGCGUCUCCGGCGGCGCACGGGCUGCUGAACGGCACCGACAAGCGCAGCAUGGGCGCGCACCGCUACACGCCGCAACCCAACAGCCCCGCGCUCGCCAACGCGCCGCCCGCCACGCAGCCUCUCGCAGGUUACAUCACGAAGUCAUCACAAUCGCUGUCUGCUUCUGACCGCGGCUACGGCCCGCCGACCGGCGCCGGCGUUGACCUCAACAACACCGAGCCGCUCUACGUGGACACUAACGCGGAGGCCAUCCCAUAUCGUGCAAUGUACAAAUACAGACCUCAAAACCCUGACGAGUUAGAACUUAACGAGGGAGACACAGUUUAUGUACUGGAGAAAUGUGACGACGGCUGGUACGUCGGCUCCAGUCAAAGGACUGGACGAUUCGGUACUUUCCCUGGGAACUACGUAGAACGCAUCUGAUAGCGCCAUACGUCGCUGCUGCGGCGCCUCCGCAGCGCGGCGCUGUGCGCGCGACGCUCGCGGUAGGCAAUCAGCUCAUGACGGUCACCUAACAACGUUUGUCUCUUUCUAUCUUAUAGGUUGAACUUCUUACAUUUGUCAGAGGUGAAACCGCAAUAACAACUCAGAAUUUGAAAUGCUUUGUAACUGUUUAUACGAACGCUACACGGACUUGAUUUCAAUGAUAUCUGAAAUUAAUAGGAAUUUAUCGUCGAUACGGUGUCUGUGAGGAUGUUUUAGGGUAGAUAUGGUAGAAUAAAAACAUUGAAUCGAUAUUUUAACGAUGUAUUAACAAUUAAUAGAUAUGUAUAUCUAAAUGUUACCAAAUUGUAAACCAUGACUUUUAUAUCCUUUUAUAAAUAUAUCGUGUUAUUUAUAUUAUAUAUAUUACCCAAAACCAUUCAUGUGCUUUGGUACAGAAUUACGUUUUUUGUUUGUUUUUUUUUUAAAUAUGAAUUGACUUGUACGUUUAUACCCGUAUCGCACAUUUAACAUUUACUUAUUAAAUAAUCAAUAUUAUUUAUUUCGUAUAUACAUAAUUGCUUUUGCAUGUUUAAAUAAAGAAAUAUGUACCUUAUGAAUUUAAAUCGUCCCAAAGUUAGUAGCGCGCCCAAAGAGUAUGUGUAUUGGAUAUUAUGGUGUUGUAUUAUUGUAUAAAAAUAUAUGCAUAACUGUAAAGUCGUUCAGUAGCUAUAGUUAUUUAUUUACGUAGGAGCCGCGGUUGGAGCUCUUCUUUUAAAAGUGACUUUUAAAAGUAUGCAGCAUUGCAUGAUUAUACUAAUUAUUAUGAACUAACCUUGUUUUUCUAUUUUAACUGUGAUUAAGUUCAUUAACAGAAAAGUAUCUCUAACUUUAAAAUUUAUUAAAAAAAUGAUAUUUUCAAUGACAUGACAAAAGUCAAACUUUGAUAAAUUGAAAUGUAUUUUCGAUCUAUAUUUUUAUUUAUUUUAAACAAAGUUUGGACAUUUUGUGAGUAUUGGCAUCACUAAACUAAUACAUUUAUCUCUAACAAUAAAUAUUACUUCAUUAGCCACCGUGUUUUUUUAAUUAGUUACCGCAUUAACGUAGUUAUAAUUAUAUAAAUAUAUAAAUUCUUAUAACUAUGCAAUGGUCGGUGUAAAUAGGGCGAGUAAUAUAUUGACAACUUUGACAAUACUAUUUUAUACGCUUAAUUUAAUAUUAGGUGUAUCGUAUAUAAGUAGUUGAGUAUUAUUUACUCGGAACUCUACGAUAGAAUAGUAAUUUUUUGGCUUGGCUCUCGAUUGUCUAGUCACUGUAAGCAGAAUUAGUGAAUUCUCUAUUUCCUGUUCUACAACUUAUUUGUUAUUCUUUGAAUUCGACGAUUGUAUCUUCAAUUAUAUUAUUUACACCUUAUUUAUUUAACCAAAUUAAAGUUACUCUCGCCCUAUGUAAUUGCUUAUAUUAUGCAUUCAUAAUUUUAAUAAAAGAUUUCUUAUUUUUAACCUAUUGUUGUAUUUUUGUUAAUUUAUUUCUAGAAGCACAAACGUUUAUUUGUUGUUGACACUUCGACAUGCAAUGUAACAUUACUGCUAUUGUUCAAUGUCAUCACAUCUAAUAAUAAAAACUUUCUAUUA